AUGGAAAUUCCUCCGCAUCGAACAUGGAUGUAUAAUAGGCUUCUCCCGGGUCGGAGUGCACAUAGAUAUGAAUUCUUAAAAGGUGUCGAAGAGUUUAUAAACUUUGCUUGUCAACAGAAAGAGUAUUUGAAGAAUGGUAUAAUAAGAUGUCCAUGUAAGUUGUGCAAAAAUGAGGACCACCUCACCCCAGAUGAGGCAAACACUCAUAUUCACCAACACGGGUUUGCACCAGAAUAUUGGAAUUGGACUUGCCAUGGAGAGAUAAUCGCUCACAUCAAUGAUAGUGAUGAAGAUGAUGGUAUAGAUAUGAUUGCGCCUUGUAGUAAUAGUCAACAGGGGAGUUAUGAACAUGUUCAUAGAUAUCAAGACAUGGUGUUUGAUGCUGCCGGUUUUAAUCGCGAACAACAUUUUAUACAACAAGAAGAGGAACCUCCAAAUAUGGAAGCAAAAUUAUUUUAUGACAUGUUGAAUUCAACUCAACAACCAUUGUGGCCGGGAUGUAAAAACACAACUGAGUUAUCGGCUGCUAUUAAGAUGUUGAGUUUAAAAUCUAAACACAAUAUGUCACAAGCAUGUUUCGAUGACAUGGUCAAGUUUAUGAAGGAAUCAAGUCACCCAGAGAAUGUAAUUCCCUCUAACUUUAGGGAAACAAAAAAACUUGUGUCUGGACUCGGUUUAUCAAAGAUAAAGAUUGAUUGUUGCAUUGGUGGGUGUAUGUUGUAUUACAAAGAGGACAUAAAUUUGAAUGAGUGCAAGUUUUGCAAUGAGCCUCGAUACAAAACAUGUAUUCUGCGUAAGCGUAAGCGAAACUCUAAAGAUGUUCCUCGCAAGAGAUUGCAUUACUUGCCUUUAAUCCCUCGCCUUCAAAGAUUAUAUGCUUCGGCGAGAUCCGCAGAGCACAUGAGGUGGCACUAUGAACAUCGUAGGGAAGAAGGUGUGUUGUGUCAUCCUUCAGAUGGGGAAGCUUGGAAACACUUUGACCAAGUAUAUCCUGCAUUUUCUUUGGAACCUAGAAAUGUUAGACUUGGUUUGUGUGCUGAUGGCUUUACCCCUUUUGGCCAAUCUGCAAAACCAUAUUCUUGUUGGCCAGUAAUUGUCACACCAUAUAACCUACCUCCUGAGCUAUGUAUGAUGAUGCCUUAUAUGUUCUUGACCUUGAUCAUUCCAGGUCCAGACAAUCCAAAAGGUAAAAUUGACGUGUACUUACAACCGUUGAUAGACGAAUUGCAACAAUUGUGGAAUGAUGGUGUAGUAACAUAUGAUGCAUCAAAGAAGCAAAAUUUUCGAUUGAGAGCUGCACUAAUGUGGACAAUAAAUGAUUUUCCUGCCUAUGGGAUGUUGUCUGGGUGGAGUACUGCAGGAAUAUUUGCUUGUCCAAUAUGCAAGGGAGGUUUAAAAGCUUUCUCAUUGGAAAAAGGAAAAAAGAGAUCUUGGUUUGAUUGCCACCGUCAAUUUUUACCUCGUGAUCACGCUUUUAGAAGAAAUAAGGUUAUGUUUUACAAAAAUAGAAUUGAGACAAGAGAGCCUCCUCCAAGGUUAAGUGGUGAACAAGUAUGGAAAGAGGUUUGUGGGCUUCCUAAAGUAACUAACAUGCGGAAUUGCAUUGUUCCUGGUCGUGGAAUUUCACACAAUUGGACCAAAAGAAGCAUAUUUUGGGACUUGCCUUAUUGGAGACACAACUUAUUGAGGCACAAUCUUGAUGUUAUGCAUAUAGAAAAGAAUGUCUUUGAAAAUGUUUUUCAUACAGUUAUGGACAACAAAGAGAAAACUAAGGACAACAAAAACGCAAGAUUGGACUUGGAAAAGUAUUGUCAUAGAAGAGAGUUGUUGUUGAAAAAAAAUUCUAAUGGGAACUAUAUGAAACCCAAAGCCAAAUAUUGUUUAUCGAAUGAACAAAAAAUUGAUGUGUGCGAAUGGGUGAAAGGAUUGAAGAUGCCUGAUGGUUAUGCUUCUAAUUUGGGUAGAUGUGUAGAUUUAAAGCAAAAGAAACUCUUUGGUAUGAAAAGCCAUGAUUGCCAUAUUUUUAUGGAAUGUCUACUUCCAAUAGCUUUUAGUGCUCUUCCCGAACCAAUAUGGAAGACCUUAACCGAGCUUAGUCAAUUUUUCAGAGACUUGUGUUCAACAGUGUUGCGAGAAGAUCAUUUAUUACAAAUGGAAAAAAACAUUCCUUUGAUAUUAUGUAAGAUGGAGCGUAUAUUUCCACCCGCAUUGUUUGACUCUAUGGAGCACUUGCCAAUUCAUUUAGCUGAUGAAGCUAAGAUGGGUGGACCAGUUCAAUAUCGUUGGAUGUAUCCGUUUGAAAGAUUUUUAAAUAAAAUUAAAAAAAUAGUAAAAAACAAAAGAAAUGUGGAAGGGUGUAUCUGUGAAGCAUAUUUGGUGCAAGAGACAUCCUAUUUCAGUUCCCAUUAUUUUUUGCCUCCUGCUCAAUACUCGAGUGUUAUUGGCAUAAACAAGGGGAUUCAUCAAGACCAUAUGCAACCAACUUUGUCUAUCUUUGAACAUUUGAAUGGCCAAACAGCGGGAAAAUAUUGUGAAAGGUGGCUCGAGGAUAGAGAAAUGGAAGCUGCACAACUACACGUUCUCUUAAAUUGCAAAGAGGUUAAGCCAUUUAUUGAUAUGUAUGUCCAAAGUUUGAAAAGUAUGUAUGGAGAUGUCAAUGACGAUAUCAUUGAUAAACAACUAGAAGCUGACUUUCCGCACUGGUUUCAAAAAUACGUGAUGAUGAAUUGCAAACAUAAGAGACAAAAUUCUGACUUGUAUGAUUUGGCAAGGGGGCCUUUGAGACUAGCGAAAUCGUGGCCUAUUUAUUUUGCAAAUGGAUACAAAUUUCACACAACUUCUUGGGGUGAAGGAAAAACAACCUAUAACAGUGGGGUGUGUGUUAGUGGAAUAGGACAAGAUGAAACUUCAAAUGACUAUUAUGGCAUUCUUACAGAAAUUCUAGAACUUCAAUGGCCAAGUCAAACAACAAAAAAGUUGGUUUUAUUUUACUGUGAUUGGUUUGACCCUUCAAGACAUGGGAUGCGAAUACAUCGUCAGUACAAGAUUGUAGAAGUUCGUAAGGGGAGAAAAUAUAGUAAAUUUGAUCCUUUUAUUUUUCCAAAAGCUGCAACUCAAGUUUAUUAUUCACCUUAUCCUGGGCGCCCAAGAGAUAAGUUUGAUUGGUUGGUAGCCAUAAAGACAAAGCCAAGAGGGGUUGUUGAUGAUAGACACACACUAGAGGUUGCUUUUCAAGUUCAAGAGUCACAAGUUAGUGCAACAAUUGAAGAUGACCCAAUUGAUCUCCUACAAGAUGAUGAAGUUGAUGGUGAAGAGGUUAGUUUGUCAACAAUACAAAAAAAUGAAGAUGAAGAGGAUUCCAAUGACGAUGAUGAAAAUUUAAUUGCAAUUUGA